UACUGCGAGGACAGGAGGAAGGAAUGUGGUCGACGCGGUGAAGGGAAGGAAGGAAUGGCACCAAGGGCGUCUCUCCCCGUAGGUCAGCACGGGAGGGCGGUCCUGCUAGGAAGAGAGCCGCUAUAAAAGGUGCAGGACCCAUCUCCAGAGCAUCAGUGUCUCGCCUCCACUAGACUCCAGAGAUGAAGCUCCUGAUCGUAGCAGCCCUAGCCGUCGUGGCCACCGCCGACUCCCAGAACACUUACAGCCUUCCCCAGACGUACUCGGCCCCCGCCCCCUCCGUCAGAUCAGAGUUCGUAGAGGUGGUGCCCAUUGUUAGAGACGACCGCGCGCACUCCGAGGACGGCAGGUACAGCAUGGACGUGGAGACAGCAAAUGGCAUUGCCAUGUCGGAGUCUGGCUCCCCCAGUGGUCCGGAAGGCGCCGUGAUCAAGGCAGGAGAGUACUCCUACACCGCCCCUGACGGUACUUUUGUCCAGAUGAAAUUCGUCGCCGACGAGAACGGCUUCCAGCCCCAGUCUGACCUGCUCCCCGUGGCACCCGCCUUCCCCCACCCUAUCCCCCAGUUCGUGUUGGACCAGAUCGCCUUCGCCGAGGCGGAGGAUGCCGCCCGCGCCCGCGCCGAGGCCUCACAAGUGAGAUCUGCCUCCGUACCCGCGCCUGGUCGCUACUACGGGGCGCCGCAGUAAAUGAGUGUUUACAACACCAAGGACGAAGAUGGAUGUGGUACCGAGACACUAAUAAUAUAUUGAUUGUAUAGUAUUUAUUUACCAGCGACUGUGCACAAUGAAUGAAAAAAAAAAAAAAAUGUCUUCUUUA